UUUCAAGGAAGCAAAGCAGAGGGCGAUCUCAUGCUUCCCCCCCACCCCCAUCCUAAGUCUUCGCUUUUGCUGCUGCAGGUGAUGCUGCAACACAGAUAACAGGAGUUUGAUCGGGAAAAACAGAGAGAGAUGGAUUUGGAUUGGGAAUAAAGAGAAGGAGGAGGGGGGAUUUAAAGGGAAAGAAACAGAGGGAGAUCCAGACAAGAGAGUGAGAGUGAGGGAAGAGAGCCAGCGCAAAGAGAACAGGCAGCGAAUGGAAGGAGAGAAGAGGAGAGGCAUUGACCGGAGGCAUAUGCAUGGACAAGAAGAAUCGGGUAUUUCAUGUGGUCAACGUGCAGCCCUGAAGGGAAGCCUGCUGCCAUCUGAGUGGAUUUUUCAAAUUAGCCACUGCUCUGCUUUUAGAGGAGAAACGAAGAAACACAGACAGGCUCGCAGCAGAGAGCUGAGCGCAGAGGAUGAACAGGAGAUGUAGGCUGUGUGGCUCUGAUCGCUGUGCUCAGACCUCAUAGCCACUCUCAGUGGUUGUCGCAGGCCGUCAGCCUCACAGAGAGGGCAGUAGCAGUCAAUACAGAAUGAGCUCCAAGCACUCCUCCGACUGGAUCCCCUACAGCACUUUAGAUGAUGAGGGGACAACCCUCCGACAGCAGAAACUGGACAGACAGAAACCUCAGCGAGCCCUCCUUGAACAGAAACAGAAGAAGAAGAGGCAAGAGCCUCUGAUGGUCCAGUCCAACGUAGACGGGAGGUCUCGAACGCGGCGGACCAAACAGAGUGAAGAACAGGCCCCGCUGGUUGAAUCCUACCUCAGCAGCAAUAGCAGCACCUUCUACCAUGUGCAAGAUCCUGAACGGGAGGAGGUGAAGGUGACUUCAGAAGCUCAGCUGCCUCGCUCAGCCAAAAAGGGCAAAGCAUCAGAAAGCUCCACUCCGCAGACAGGCAGCGAAAAGAAGGAGAGGAAAGGGAAACACAAAGCGAUCAACAGCCCAGCUGCCCUGCAGGAUGACAGUCAGAUCCAGAUCCUGACAGUGGGCCACUGUGCUGCAGAGGAGGGCGAGGCAGAGCCGGUUAUGAGCUGCACUCAGUCACAGAGUAGGCAGGACCUGCGUGUCACCAUGCUUAAGAAAGGUAUAUCAAGCAGUAUGAAUUUUGAUGAAGAAGAGGAUGAUGAUGAUGAAAUCAGCUCAAGUUCUUCACAGCUCAACAGCAACACAAGACCAGGAUCUGCCACCAGCAAGAAGUCAUCCAAGGAGGUGGCUUCAGCACCCACCCCGCCAACAAAUGAACCUGCCAUCGAUGUUGAGGACCUGGAGGAGUUUUCUCUGCGGCCCGCCCCACAGGGCGUCAGAGUGAAAUGCAGAAUCACCAGGGACAAAAAAGGCAUGGACAGAGGAAUGUAUCCCACCUACUAUCUUCACCUGGAGAGGGAGGAUGGGAAGAAGGUAUUCCUGUUAGCUGGAAGGAAAAGGAAAAAGAGUAAAACUUCCAAUUACCUCAUCUCCAUUGAUCCCACCGAUCUGUCUCGUGGUGGGGAGAGCUUCAUUGGAAAACUGAGGUCAAACCUCAUGGGUACCAAGUUUACCGUUUAUGACAACGGACUGAACCCCAUGAAGGGCACUACCAGCCUAGACGCCAGCAAUCUUCGCCAAGAGCUAGCUGCCAUUUGUUAUGAAACCAAUGUUUUAGGAUUCAAAGGACCACGCAAGAUGAGCGUCAUUAUUCCUGGAAUGAACAUGGAUCAUGAGAGAGUCUCCAUUAGGCCGCGCAAUGAGCAUGAAUCUCUGUUGGCAAGGUGGCAGAACAAGAACACAGAAACUGUGAUUGAACUUCACAACAAGACACCUGUGUGGAAUGAUGACACUCAGUCCUAUGUUCUGAACUUCCAUGGCAGGGUCACACAAGCUUCUGUGAAAAACUUUCAAAUCAUUCACGACAACGACCCUGACUACAUUGUGAUGCAGUUCGGCCGUGUGGCAGAGGAUGUCUUCACUAUGGACUAUAACUACCCAAUGUGUGCACUGCAAGCCUUUGCCAUUGCCCUCUCCAGCUUUGACAGUAAACUUGCCUGUGAAUAGACUCAACUCAGAGGUUUAGACAAAAGCUGGUUCAUCUGUCCUUGAGGGUUGCUUGUGUAUCCCUUGGGUCAGUUUGAGCUCUUAAAAUCACCCAGUACCUUUGAACUUCUGCAUACUUCAAAAUACAUUGUGUGCUUCUUUUUCUAGGUGUUUAUGAUUGCCUAAGGGCAAAAAGGGGGUAAAUGGUCAUGAUCCGUAAAAGAAAAGCACAAAAAAGAAAAGAAAGAUCAAAGGAAUUAUAUAAAGAAAUAUAAUUUAGUAUUCUGCAAUUGCAUUUUAAACAUGUACCCUUUUUUUUUUAUUUAGUAGCGAUAUGAUUUUAACAUUUCCUUCCCUGUAAAUUGUAGCUAACACUGGACUAUGUCUGAGCAGCUCAACG